AUGGAGAGCAAGUGCAGAAUUUUAUCUCAUAAAGAUGAAUGUGGCAAUCAAGGCUGGUUGUGGGAUUGUAGUGGGCUUAACUUAGAAAAAAUACCUCGUGAAAUCCCAGCUACCUUGAAAUAUGUACCGAAUUUAGAAAAGCUGUAUAUUCGUUUCAACAAAAUUACAUCAAUCACAGAGUCAGACUUUAUCACCUUUAAGAGAUUACGAAAAACAAAGAUUUAUGUUCAUGGAAAUCCUAUAAACUGUGAUUGUCUACAUGUUCAAUCACUCAGAUGGAUGAGGGAAAUUCAGCACUUAUUUGCUGAUCUAAAUGAAACUUUCUGCAGUGAAAAGAGUUUAACUGUGUUAGAACUCCUUCAAGAAAAUUCUUUUGAAGAAUUUGAGAAAAAAUGUCAGACAGAGACAUGGCUUGCCAUCUCUGUUUUGAUAUUAUUAAUUCUUAUUGCUACAAUCACUGUUGUUUUCCUGGCAAAAAAAUAUCGUGUUCAUAUUGAUUAUGUUAUUCUGAACUUGCGUAACAGGUGGAAAGGUGUAUAUUCAGUCGAGAGUGGGGACUUUCAGUUUGAUGCUUUUAUAUCCUAUGCUGAAGAUGACUAUAGAAUUGUUAGCACUACAUUAUAUCAAACACUAACAAAGAGAGGCUUUCAAAUAAGUUUUCCAGAUAAAGACUUCAUUCCUGGAAUAUCUAAAGCUGACGAACUGUUACGGUUUAUAGACAAAAGUAGGAAAGUUGUGUUCAUUGUAACUGAAAAUUUUCUGGCCAAUGGUUGGAAUUCGUAUGCUGUACAAAUGGCGGUGACGCAUUCGUUUCAUACGAAUCGAAGACAAACCAUCAUAGUGAUAAUUAAAGAUGAUAUUACCAUAAAACGAAUGCCAAAAGACUUGCGAUAUAUCUGGUGGUCCAUUGUAAGUAUAAGGUGGCCAGAAACUAGUGAGCUGAUGGAUCAAUUUUGGGAUGAACUUGAUUGUGCCUUAAAAUCGGUUUAA